AUGGAAACCAGCCAAACUGAGAAUGAAGUCACAAAGGAAACGGCUGGGGAUGAUUACUUCACUAGCUACAAUGAUGUCAGUGUUCACGAACUCAUGCUAAAAGACAGACCCCGAACACUGGCUUAUAAAAAAUUCUUUGAAGAAAAUCGGAAAUAUAUUGUGGACAAAAUCGUCAUGGAUGUUGGCAGCGGUUCUGGAAUUUUAAGCAUGUUUGCUGCCGCAGCAGGCGCCAAAAAAGUUUAUGCCGUUGAAGCAAGUGAAAUGGCAGAUGUGUGUGAAAAUGUUGUCGAAUGCAACGGUUUUAAGGACAAAAUUGAAGUCAUACACAAAAGAGUCGAAGAUGUGGAACUUCCCAACAACGAAAAAGUCGAUGUCAUAGUUUCGGAAUGGAUGGGGUUUUAUCUACUACAUGAAUCUAUGUUAGAUUCCGUUAUAUUUGCCAGAGACAAGUUCCUGAAACCCAAUGGAAUCAUGGUGCCAUCGCAUGCAAAUCUUUUAGUGGCGCCAGUCAACAUGGAAAAAUAUUACAAUGAUCAUUUUGAGUAUUGGAAUAAUGUGUAUGGUUUUGACCUGUCUCCUAUGAUGCCACAUGCAAUGGCCGAGGCAAUGAAAGAACCUUUAGUUACUGAAAUUUCCGAAAAACAAAUUUUAGCAGAAUCUGAUUUCAUAAUUGCGUUCGAUUUGAAAUCGGUGACUUUGAAUGAAAUUGAAAAUGUUGAAAAAUCUUUUGAAUUUGAGUUGAAAGAUUCUUGCACGGUUCAUGGCUUUGCCACGUGGUUUAAUGUUGUGUUUACCACGAGUCCAUCUGCUGAACAAACUCAUUGGAAGCAGACUAUUAUAUUUAUUCCACAAGCGUUGGAGUUUGAGAAGGGGAAGUUUUUGAAUUUAAUUGGAUUAAUGAAAACGAGUAAAGCUAUGCAGUGUUCUAUGAGGGAAAUUUUUUUAAAAUUCUUAGCAUAA